CAGUAAUCUGUGGAGGUCGUACUCGGAUUGGAGGAAUCUGAAUUCGGAUUUCGGAAUCGGAGUCCUAAAAAAAUUGUUAAAAUAUAUUUGGUUCUCAAAAUUUCUAUAGAAAUAUGGAGAAGUAUUUUUGAUUGUGAAGUGAUAACAACUUUAAUUAUGUACAAAGCCUAAAUCUAAAUCUAAUUCUUCGCAAAAUGGAAGAAGAGUUAGGAAGCAUAACAAUUAAGAUCGAACCCCAAGACAGCAGUGAACUGGACAGUUUCUCUGCCUCAUCUGAUCAUUGCAUUGAAGACUUCGAUGAUAUUAAGAAAAAAAAUAUUAUUAGUUUGCAAAAUGAAGACCAAAAACCAGUGUUGGAGCCAGAGUUUGUCAGUAUUAAAAAGGAACCGGGAUUAACUGUUGACGCUGUUAGCACUGAGCCCACGUCUGCAAAUACAAACUCUGAUGAUGAAAACUGGCAUAAUGUACCAAUCAAAGAAGAAUGCCAUAGUAUAAAUGUGGAAGUGUGUAUUAAAGAGGAACCAACUGAAGCAGAAGUGCAAAUUCAACAAGGUCCUGACUAUAUUAUACCAGAUGAUGUUCCACAAAUACCAAAACCAUGCAAUGUGUUUAUAAGUGAUGGUUCUGACAAAAUUCUAGAUUUGCGCUCAGCGGUCGAUGGUAAGUUUAUGUGCCCAAUAUGUCAGAAAUCUUUCGUAAACAAAGGGAACCUGAGCCGACACUUGAUGAUAACACACACACGGGAAAAGCUGGAGUGCAACGUGUGCUUUCGAGAAUUCAUCAAACAGGGCCAUUACCAGAAGCACCUCCUCACGCAUUCCACUGAAAAAAGGUUUAAAUGUGAGGAAUGUGACAAGCGGUUUCGCACUUCUUCCAAUUUGGAACAACAUAAACGCAUACAUCUGCUAGUGAAACCUUUCCACUGUCAAGUGUGUACGAGACAGUUUGCCGUCAAAGCUAACCUCGCGAAACACCAGGGCUCGGGCAGGUGUAAAAUACCAAACCACGACCCAAUAGUUUGCAACAUCUGCAACAAGGUGUUCCAAAAGGAGUUCCUGCUUAAAAGUCAUUUGCGUAAACACACGACCGAACGCCCUUACGUUUGCGACAAAUGCAAAAUGAGUUUCAAAUACAAAUCCACUCUAAUACGUCACGUGCAGCUCCACAACAACAUCAAACCGUACUCUUGUACUAUAUGCAAGAAGAAGUUCACCCAUUCGGGUUUAAUAAAGCCUCAUAUGAGGAAACAUACCGGGGAAAAGCCAUACUCCUGCCCUAUAUGUAACAAACAAUUCGCUCACAAACACAACAUGCAAAGGCAUACAUUGAGGCACGCGAAAAUAAAGAAUUUAGUUUGCGAAGUGUGCAAGAAAGUCUUUCCCAAAGAGAGUCGACUGAUAUAUCACAUGCGGACGCAUACUAAAGCUAAGCCUUUUAAGUGUGGGGUAUGCGGCAAAACGUUUUCGCACAGGCAAAACAUAAUAAGACAUUAUAGUAGGAAACAUCCCAAUGAUACGUACAACUGUAAAGACACCGACGCGAGUGUGGCCAAAGACGUCUGGGAAAAUGUUGUGCUACGGAAGAAUAUGGAAGUUAAAGUUGAUAUCACACAUGUUACUAAGAAUGAAGAACUAUUGAAGGAUUUUAAAAGUGAAGAAGAGGAAGAGGAGAUUAUAGGAAAAUAAUAUGAAAAAUAGACUAAUAAGUGAUGCAUUAUUAUACAUGGAAUUUUAUGACAUACUUUGGUAAAAUACUAAACGUUCAUUUCAAGUUGGCCGUCGUCGACUUUCUCGUCGAAAACUACGUCUUAGGAUAGAAUAAAGUAAUAGAUUGGAUGAUUGGAACCUACGUUUUCUGGUUUUUUCCCGAAAACCGGACUUUGCUGCCAAUACAUGUCUAUUGUCUAUCGUUGAAUUAGGUUAAGGGUAUUGUUUGUGUCAUACUCAGAAAUUCAACUUCACUGCUAAAAAUAGGUCGAUUGAGAAAUCUGCCUUGAAUUACAAAUAUCGGAUCUUUGCAUAAUACCAAGGAGUUACGCGAUUUAUUUUGAAGUAUAGCUGUGUUUUACUUAACUCAACAAUGUGCAUACCUAUACAAAGUCAAAAUAUGUCCUGUAAUACUUACAUUAGUCUAAUUUUCCAAUCACACGUGCCUACAUAUAAUAAGUUCUGUUUAAUAACACUACAUUAAUAAGUUAACAAAAAUUGGUUAGCAAGAUGACGAUGCGGUACAAAAGAUGAACAAGGCGUGAAAAACCGGCCAUCUUGAAGUACGUACAUAGGGAUGUUGACUUAAACUGGAUUCAACCUCAUGAUGCGAAAACAAUUAAUUAUUAUUUAUCAACAAUGAGAUGCUUAAAAAAGUUUUAUAAAAAGGUGAAAAUGUGUAUGGAAUUAUUUAAGUUAUGUAAUUUCUAUUUUCUUAAAGUAUUCACUUGAACUUUAACAAGUACAUGCAUUGCUAUGUUCUGGUCUAUAGGGUAUCUAGCUGAUGAAAUUAGGUAUACAUAGUCAAGACUUGUUCUCAGUAAGCCCAGCAAAGGGUUGCGAUUGUGUUCUUAUCAUCAGGUGGGUAUCGUUAGACUGGUCCACACCCUCCAAAAUUAAUUUAUGCUCUCUAUCUCUAUGAGACCUAUCUCCCAACAAUAGAUGAAGCAGCUCUCGAAAAACUAUUUUGAGAGCCUCCACUCAUCACAACCAACUAAUGGUUAAGGCUUAACCUAAACCUUGAGACCAACUGUAGAAAUUACAUGCCCGAAAAACGUCCUUUAUUAUUGUAACGACGACAUUACUGGUUUUGGCUAUUCAAUCACAAUCAACGUCAUCCAGACGUGAGUUUUAUUCACGGUAACGGAGGCGACUGAUACACUCAGGCCAAAACACCCUUCUCGAAUGGCCCUCUAAGGUGAUGUGAGUCUCGCAGAAAACGCCCUUGAAGAGUUCGCACAUCUCUUCUUACGCUUCUGCCUUCGAGCCCCACCAGGCUAUGCAUCUGCACUCACCCCUCACACUCACUAUUGCUGAGGUCCUAUUAAUAAAUCUACGACAGUUACACUAAUCAGAAAAAAUAUAUCAAAGCCAUCUGUUUAUUUUCUCAACUAUUUUGAGUCAAAUACCCUAUUUGAUAUAAACAGAAAGGCAUUAGCUACUCAUCAGAUUCGAAACUAGCUUUAUAGUUGAACGCCUAUAUGCUAUUUAAGCAAUUGCUUGGGUAUCCCGUCUACCAGAGACGAUCGAGAAAUAUUACUUAGCGCAUCAUAUUUCCUUAAUCCUGGACUGAGAACGCAUUAUAAUUUAUUAAUGUUAGCCAACUACGAUAGGGGCCGAUUUAACUAUCUUCAGUGGUGCUAACAUGCGACCAAAGACAUAUCUUGUAAAGAGAAAUGGACAAAAUUUCUACCAAUGGUGGCGUAGUAGUUCUGGUCCUAUCUCUUUCGUCCCAACGUAAUAAAAAAGAUAGCGAUAUUUCCGGUAGCGUCGUAAUUGGUUGACUUUUGUCUGUUUCUCUUUCAGAGAUUAUAUUUAACAUUGGUCACAUGUUAGCGCCACUGAUAAGUUUUGUCUUUGUAAUAUGACAUAUUUUAUAGUAAGAAUGUCAUAACUUACCUUUUAACCGGCCCUCAAUCUACUGUCUCGACAAUGUAUGAAUUUAAUAUUUGUGAAUUUCAAUGCUAACAUUUAGUAAGUAUUUCAUACUCGUAUUUCUAUAAAAAAUUAACCAAGUUAUUGCUUUAGUUUUAUAUUUAUUGAUUUGUUAAAAUUAUUGUUUUGUUACAUCUAAAGAUCUCUAUUGUAAUUUUUUUGGGUAUUUGAUAUAAAAAGAAAUGCAUAAGCUUAUAAUGUCAUUUUAUUAAGCUGUAGGGUUAAUAUAAUAUACUACAAAUUCAUUAUACUUUAUUCCAAAUAAACCAUUAAACAAGAAAUAAUUUGGUUUUUAGAUUUUUUAAAAAAAAUAAUGAUUUCUGGAACAGAGGAACUUUCUCACCUUUCUUAAAAUUCUAAAUUCAUUUAUUUCAAGUAAGCUCAGCUUACAAGAACUUUUAAAACGUCAGUUGACUUUUUGUAAAGAUUCUACCACCUGUUCGGAAGGUUCUACUGAGAAGAACCGGCAAGAAACUCAACAGUUGCUCUUUUAAAAAAAUCAUACGGUAUUAUAAUUUGCAAAUGAUAAAAACAUUACAAUUUCUUAUAGUUUUACUUCCUAUGUGACGGUGGAAGCUGAUCCAAAGGCCUCCAAGCACUUAUCAUUAAGGAACUUAUCAAUGGUACAGUACUUGUCUAACUGUACUUGUAUGCUGAAUUUACCGUUCAUGGUAGAAGAUUCUAUUUCUUGCUAGCUCUUCUCAGCAGAACUGGCUGAACCGGCGGUAGUUUACAAAUAAUCAAUCUUGAAGUUUCCAAAGUGCUUGUUAUCUUAACCUACGUGAAAUGAACAAAUCAAUUAUGCUAAAUCUGAACGGAUCGUUUAUAACUUACAGUAUCAGAUAAAACUGUUUUUUUUACCUAAGACAGAACGGAGACAAUGUGAUUCAGGGUAUCGAUUUUCAUCCUGUGUCUUACCUGUACCACUGGCUGGCUCAAUGCACUAAAAAACUAAGGUAAAUAAAGGUGUAUUUUUAUGUUGACGGUUACGUUCUUAUGUAUAAAUGUAUAAAAUAUAGUCCAAAACCCAGGGAUUUAGGAAUAAAAUGCAUAGGAUAAAGACUGCCAAAAAGAUACUUUGACGCGUGAAAACUAUUGUUUAGUUGUUCGUCAACUUUGUCAUUGGUUUUAAAAUAGUAUUUAUUACACGUAAAAUUAACGAAAGCAUCUUCUCCCGAGUAUCUUCCCAUUAAAACUUUGAAAUUCAGAAUCACGCCGAAGACACUAGUAUACCACCAAUUUCAACCUCGUUAGAAUAAUCUUAAACCAACAUAAUUCCCGAAAAAUCCACAUUAAAUUGUAAGAAUUAUACAUUCAAUUCAAUAAUUGUAUUUUCAAAUGAAAGUUCUGAAAUGUACUACUUAGUUUAACGCGCAUUAUUUGAGAAAAGUACUAUACAAGCCUUGGCCGCAAGUAGUCAUUGAUGGACUUACGUAUGUGUGCCUCGGCUUCGCCUCGGCCCACAGUCGCACGUUCGUCCAUCAAUGCCUCUUGCCGGCCGCUGCAGUAAUGUAUUAAACCGUGCUCAUUACACUGGUGUGGUUAAAAUGUUGUAAUCCUUUUCACUAUUAAUUUUCCUCAACAAUUUAACUUUAAUUUGUAUAAUCCAGUCCGCUUCUCUUGUGUAUUUAAGUUUUUUUUUCUACUUGUCAUAAUGUAUGAAUCUUUACAAUUUACAUUUAGGUCUAUCAAUUAAUGAGUUAGGUACUUACCUAAUUGCUAAUAUUGCUAUGUACUAAAUUUAAAAAUUUACUAAUUGAGUAGCUAGGUAUUAGGUUAGAUAUGCAGAUAGGGUGUGUUUUUGCGGCGAGCAAAAAUUUACAAUAGUACCUAUGCAUUUAAUCAGUUCUUUAUGAUUGAAUGAUGAAUGAAUGAAUUUUAAGAACAAGUAUGUUGUAGCCGCUCCUUUCAAAAACUUGCCCAAUAAAAAACAUAAUAAAUAAUGUAAAUAAAUAAAGCAAUAAUGAUAUAUAUUAUUAGGCUGGUUUUAAUUGUCAAUUUUAAUUUAACGAAAAUUUUAAUUUGCUGUAAGAAAUAUACCUUAUAAAUUAUUGUAAAUUUCAUAAAUAGUAUUUUUUGUAACAUAUUUAAUAUGUAUUUAAUUUUUAUAAUUAGUAUUUUUUUUUCUGUUCAUGAAAAUAGUUGCGUAACACUACUCAUAGAUAAAUGAAUAAAACUAUAUAUCCCAAUGUACCUAACAGUGGGCUAUAUAGUUUAAUUAUAUAAUUAUCUAAUGUUUUAGCAAAAUAUUAUUUACCAAUGUUUAAAUGUGUUAUGUUCAACCAAUUUGUUUGCAAACUUCAAUCAUCGUUAAAAUAAAUUAUACUUAUCCAGGUUUUGUUAGUUGUUGUUAAAUAUAUGUAGUUCAAAAUUUAUUUAAGAUUAGUCACUUUGUUCCUAUUUUUUAAAUCAUGUAUAUGAUCGAAAAUCUCUUAUUCUUUAAAAAAAUAAACCGUUAUCUCUGUAUCUUUAUGACCCGAUUUACAUUAUUUACAUUACACUCCGAUUUUCAUUAUUUACAUUACACUAUUCAAUAAUAAAUACUUAUAUUUUGAUUUGUAAAGCUAGCCAGAUAAAAAUCCAAGACUAAUAAUUUCAUAAUUCAGUAAUAAAGGAACAACUAAUAGGUUUAUACAAUAUUGUGGCCUAGUAUAAAAAAAUUAAAUUUAAGCGGUAGACUCUAAAAAUAGUUAAACUUCAUGUUUCAAAAGUGCUUAUAAACUAACCUACUUGAAAUAAAUAAAUCUAACUGUCGUUUUUGAGUAGUAAUAAUAAUGUAAAUGGGGUUUUAGAUUUAACAGAUAAUUGUAACGAAUAUUGUAGUAUCCUAAUGGUAUGAUUAAUUGGCAAAAAUAAACAUUCUUAUCUAUGGUA